ACCGUUUGACGACGCGACGACAGUACAUAGGUUGUUUAUAGGUUGCACAAACGCGUAAAACAGACCUUAAUUUUGUUGUAAAAGUCAGAAAACAACAACAUGGAUGAAACAGACCCAAGAGCAGAAAUUAUUCAGCGCCACAAGCAAGAAAAGAAAGAAUUACAGAACCAGAUUACUAAGCUUAAACAUAGCAUAUCCAAGGGAGACAAGAAAGGAAAGAAAGCUAUUCAGGAGCAGACAACUCAGAUGGAGAAAGAUCUAAAAGAGAAACAUGACAAAGAGUUAAAGGAAUUUGAUGGAAAUGAGAACUCCCAGACAGAUUCAGACCAGCAGAUAUCUGGAGUGGUGGAAGAUUUGAGCCUGGAGAACCUGAAAGGAUCUGAAGAGUUGUCUCCCCCGGAACCAAAGAGGGUUUCCAAAGCCCAGAAACGUCGUAACAAAAAGACAGAGAUGGCGAGGCAGAGACAGGAAGAGAUUUCACGCCAGGAAAUAGAAAACGAAACAGGAGCUAGGAAUGUGGAGUACCAGAGGCUGAAAGAUUUACUAAAGGAGCAAGGAUUACAAAUCUCCGAGAUUCCGUCUGAUGGAGACUGUCUGUAUAACGCAGUAGCACACCAAGUUAAUAAAGGCGGACAUCAGACCAACUGUAAACAGCUCAGGCAGCAGGCAGCUAGCUAUAUGAGAGAACAUGCUGCUGACUUCCUGCCAUUUCUGACAACAGAGAGUGGAGAACUUUUUACAGAGUCUGAUUUUGACAAGUACUGUAGUGAAUUGGAGACAACAACAAUGUGGGGAGGUCAUCUAGAAAUCAAAGCACUGUCACAUGUUCUCAAUCAACCAAUCACAGUGCUUCAGAGUGACACUCCCCCUGUAAUCCUUGGUGAUGAUUGUCAAGGUGACCCUGUGACACUUGUAUACCAGAGACACGCUUUUGGUCUGGGAGAACAUUAUAACUCGGUGGAACCGCUACAGGAGUCUACAGACACAUAGUCCCCAUAGUAACAAAUUAUAUACCAUCACCAUAGCAACCUCUGAACCUGGAAAGGAAAACCAUACAACAAAAGUCAUGUUUCUCCUGUUACACCCGGCUAUGGCCAGGAACAUUGGUUACCUUAAUUAGGUGUCUAACACUCAGAAAUCAAGUCAACUAGGUUUUUUUUUUACUGUAAAGAAAUAUUGACUAUUUCAUUAGUUUGCAAUAUUUAUUUGAUCAGUUAUUCUAAAAUUUUUGCUAUUUGA